AUGGCAUCAAUCACCGAGCUUCCUGCUGAACUACUCGAUUUCAUACUCGCCGAUCUUGGUAGCCGCGCCAUCAUCAACCUAGCUCAAACAUGCAAGGCCCUCCACGCCGUCGCCAUACCGGCAGCGUACCACACCGUCACUCUCACGUGGGACAACACCUAUUCAAAAGAAACCAGAGGACCGCAGCGCGGCAUGCAAAGAAGAACUGAGAAAGCGCCUAGAAUACAGUCUCUGAUCCGCACGCUCACCAAGAAGCCCGAAUACAUCCUGCUGAUCAAGAGACUGGAGUUCUGCGCCAAGGGAUGUGUUGAGUACGGCUACUUAGACCUUGCCGACACUAUUUUCCCAGACAUUGAGUGCGAUGGGUAUGAUAAAGAGUGGGAGAACGAGAUGUUCAAGGUCCUUGUGAGGGAUAGAGGGAUGCAGCCCGGGGACCGUGGAUGGGCCCAGCGCGUAUUGAUCGCACUUCUCGUCGGCACAUGUCAAGCGCAUUUGGAAUCUUUGACUAUGGAGUGGGGAUUCUUUUUGGGUAACCCGUGGUUUCCUACUAUGAUGAGGCAUGCCAUCGUGAAGAAUGCUGCAGCGUCAGAAGCAGAUGACGGACAACCGUUAUGGUUUGCCAAUUUGAAAACUGUAUGCGUUACCUUGGAAGAGACGGAGGGGGCGGCCGCAACGUGGGAGCGUAGUUUCUGGAUCCGGCAAGAGGCUUUACUUCACUUUUUCUAUCUGCCGGCGAUAGAGUCGCUCGAUAUUGUUACGUGCUCAUUAAGAGGGGGCAACUAUGAUGACUAUGGCGGACUAUGGGACGAGGCAGACGGAGUGGACGGCUCAUUCGAGUGGCCACUAAAGACACCUCCUCUAUCGCAAACACUGACGACUCUCCGCCUUACUCCCUCUUCGAUGGACCCCCUUACUAUCCAGUACCUGCUCAGGCAGACGCCCAACGUCAAGGUCUUCCAGUACGAUUGCUGUUUGCAUCCAGCACACCCACCUCUCCGUUUGUCGAUCUUGAGGGAUACACUACGGCAUAUUCGCGACACGCUUACCGAUCUGACUGUGCGUUACAAGCACUAUAACAACGAUGGUAGCGAUGACCCCCCAACCGACGCUGCGGAACCUCUAAGAGAGGGCCUGGGCCCACUACACGAUUUCCCCGUUCUUACCACUUUGACUACGUCAUUCCCAGUGCUGUUUGGUAUGAAUAAUACGCCAAAUCUAGCGAAACAUCUCCCUCCGACGCUCGAAACGUUGACAAUCACGAACGACCUUUCUGCGUAUCAGGCACUCGGAAUGCGCUUUGAGGAUCUCAACGCCAUGGCCAUCUUCCGACAAUACCUUGCGGGUCAAAUACUAGCCUCGAGUGUAGUUAUCUCUCACGAGGGUGACUCUUGCAAAUGGGUACAAGAUCGAGAGCCGGAGUGGAAGGCCGCAACACCGCGGCUAAGGAAAUUGACAUAUGACGUGGGAACCCAGUUGUUUACGGGGUACUGGCUUGGGGACGAGCCUAGAGAGCGACUUUUGGGAUUGUGCAAGACGCAAGGCAUCGAAGGCGAUGUGGUACCACAAUAUGACUCCUUUGGUCGACUCGUGGAGUCGGAUUAA